GUAAACACUGUUAAAAGCGCGGAUAGGCUUUAACGGUCGGUCGUCACAUUGCAUAAAUAACUUGCAUACGUUGCAUACAUUACCUUUCAAUACGAGUAGAUAUAUAAGAAACAAUAUGUCGCAGCCUUCGGUAACAAUGUACUUUAACAUACAAAAGCGUCGUGCGUCUGAUGAUAUACGGGGUAAAUCCAAGGUUACAUUGCUGGAGUCAAAUAAUCCAAAGUGCGAUAUCAACUCGGAAGAACACGUGUCCGACGAAAGCAACAGAAUGGUGAGCCCGAAAGUCAUCCUGAGGAGCACGAAGCCCGUGGCUAAGGAUUCCCCAACUGCCAAGAGAGCGGUUCGUAAUAUUCACUUCGACUCACAGAAAACGAACACGGAGAAGUCACCCAUGACGCGAGUGCUACGUUCACACAGACUGUUCUCGCUGGAUAGUCAGGUGGACAUCCGGCAAAGCCUGCAAAACAUGGGAGCUGUUGAUGUAGAAAGCAGGAAAGUGCCCUUCGAGAAGAAGGGUAGUCUCAGCCCAAAGAAGCUGACGACUCCCAAGAAGAGUUUCUCUAACGAUCUUCCAAAAUGCAGCACAAUCAAGGAAGAAGAGGAGAAAGAGCAUGAGCCAUCCAUCUGUGGUUCAGAAACUCUAACGAAGAAAACCUUGGCGAUGGAGAAACUGGCUACUGAGAACUUAAGCUUGAACGACAUCAAGAACAGAAUCAACAAGUCUCCUCUCAGACUGUUGAAACUGAAAACUUCCAUAGCUAGAUAUAAGAAUUUGAACGAAAAGUCGGAGAAAUUGCAAGCAGAGUUGCAAAAAAUGAGCGACAUUAACCAGCCUCAGAUGCAGAAAUUCGAGAAGAUAGAACUCGAGAUUCCUGUGAGUCCACAAAAGAUAGCCAGAUCUCCAACCAAGACCUUGUCGACUCCAACCAAGAACAGAAGCAUAUCAGAAGCAAUGAGUCCUCAGAGAAGAAUUUUACUAGAACCUAAAGACACAACACCGAGUCCUGUGACAUGCAGUCUCACUAAGAAACCAGCUUAUCAAAGGCAUAUUGCUGAAAGCGAGAAAUCAUCACUGGAAUUGCCCGGCAAUUAUAAACUCUUAGCAGAAGUGUUCAGAUGCGUGGAAACGGUAUCAGCGAUGCAGUUUAACAGAAAGGAAUUAAUAACGUUUAACAAAUUGAAGCCCGCGGUUCAAAAGUUGCUAGGACGUAAUUUCACGCUGGAUCAUCUAGCCCAGAUAAAGACCAUCUAUCCCGACGCGUAUAUCUAUCAACAAGAGAAGCAUCGUAAUUUCGGCUCAGUGUCCAAAACCGAGAGAUACGAAUUGGUUUUGACGCCUACGGUCGAAGCGAAUGAUGGCAGGUAUACACCUGAUCCUGAUGACAUAUUGAAAUCUGGGCCCAGCAUGGGGCCUGCAAUAUUGCUGGAAAGAAGACGGAAAUUUUACAAUGCUUUGCUAGAAAGAGUGAAAAACGAGCACGAGACAUUUUUGUUGAGCUUGAAGACCCCGAUAGUUGUCGAUAAGCAGAAGAUAACGUUCUGGCAUCCUGAGUUCAGCUUGGAAGCAUGCACAGAAAUCGAAAAGGCCGAAUUACCGCAGCCACCUCAAGCUGACAAUGCAACUGCCAAAGAUGUUCUCGACAAAGUUAAAUCAUUGUUCGAUAACGGCUCUCGUAUGGGGAAGGCAUUGCAGAGACUGGCUGAGGCAAAAAUGACUUCAAAAUCGACUUCUCCAUCUUCUACACAGGACUCCACGACUCAAACCACGGAAAAUAAUAUUCCGCAGGUUAACAUUACCAUCGUGGACACUCCCCCGGCUACACCGAGUGGGCGUCCAAAUUCUUACCUUACUAAAGCAUUUAAGGGCAUUCCCAAAUCUCUGCUCGAGAAGGUCCGCGAGAGACAGGCGGCUAAGGCGUUGGAGAAGAUGACGAGAACUCCGAGCGCCGACAAAGAAGCUACGUUAUACGCGAGGCUACCGGAAUUCGCGAGGACACUCCGUUAUAUUUAUAUAUCGGAUAAGAAGGGCGUUCUGCCGAUGGAGACCGUGAUACAGCGAUUGAAUAACUCCAUAAAUGUUAAGUUAACGCCUAAUGAAAUGGACGAACAUUUACGGAUGUUGUGUAAGUUAUUACCCACUUGGGUUAGCAUACACAAUGUGCGAGACGUCAAUUACAUGAAAUUGGAUAGAAAUGCCGAUAUUAUAAAAGUGAUUAAACGAUUGGAGACAUUGGCCAAUCAAAAAAUCGAAUGAUACCAAAUAAUAUUCUCAUCCAACAUCAAGAACUGUUCAUUUUGCAGUCUUGUAUGUUUUAGUCUAUAUGUACUUCACUGAAAAGUAGCUUCAUUAAUAUUUCUUCUACAAUUCAAAGAUGUGUGUUAUAUGCAAAAUUAUAUGUUUAAUUUUAUAUGUUGUAUAUUUGAAUUGCAUAUAUUCUAUGAUUUAUAAAAGUGGAAUAGAGUCUUAUUUGCAGUUACGGUUAAGAUGUUCUUGCUUUCGCUUCAACAGCUUUCUCCAGGACACGAAAUUAAUUCACAGAAGCAUUAAAUGGACUUAGUAAUCUCGAUAUUUUAUCUUAUGUUUAUUUUCGGUGUUUCAUUACUUAUUAUUGCAUAUUUAUCAUUGUAUUGUACACUAUUUUUUGCAUAUAAUAUAACGCACAUCUUUGAAUUGUAGAAGAAAUAUAAAUGAAGCUACUUUUCAGUGAAGUACAUAUAGAAUAAAACACACAUAUAUAAACAUAUAAUAUUUUUGAGAUAUUAAACAUAUGAGAUAUUAAACAAAGUAUUCUAUGUUUAUUAAACUAAGUUACUCCAUGCUGAUUAUCCACUGCCAUUAUUACACUUAUCAGUAAAGUUACUAGG